AUGACGAACAGUUGCCUGAGCCCUGCAGAGCUGCCUGCAUUUCGAUACUGCAAGCAUCAAGUAUAUACAGCAGGACCUUCAGAGUGGCACAGAUCUUAUCCUAUUGCCCAAGGAAACCGCCAGUCACCUAUUGAUAUUGUUUCUGCAAAAGCAGUUUAUGAUCCUAAUCUGAAGCCACUUAUUAUCUCCUAUGAAUCAUGUACCUCUCUCAACAUCUCCAACAAUGGCCACUCUGUUAUGGUUGAGUUUGAAGAUACUGAUGACAAGACAGCAAUCAGUGGUGGUCCUCUUGAGAAUCCAUUUCGGCUAAAGCAGUUCCACUUUCACUGGGGGACAAAACCCAGCCAGGGAUCAGAACAUACAAUUGAUGGCAAACCUUUCCCCUGUGAGCUCCACUUAGUUCACUGGAAUGCCAGAAAAUAUGCAACAUUUGGAGAAGCAGCAGCAGCUCCAGAUGGCUUGGCAGUAGUUGGUGUUUUCUUGGAGAUUGGGAAAGAACAUGCCAAUAUGAACAGGCUCACUGAUGCUUUCUACAUGGUAAAAUUUUAAGGAACAAAAGCUCAAUUUACGAGCUUCAACCCCAAGUGUCUCCUGCCUUUGAGUCUAGAUUAUUGGACAUACCUUGGUUCUUUGACAACACCACCCCUCAAUGAGAGUGUAACAUGGGUAGUUCUGAAAGAACCCAUCAGAAUUUCUGAGAAACAGCUGGAGAAAUUCCGCAUGCUUCUCUUCAGCAGUGAGGAAGACCAGAGGGUUCAAAUGGUGAAUAACUUUCGCCCCCCUCAGCCUCUUAAGGGGAGGGUAGUUCGAGCUUCUUUCAAGGCCUGAAGAAAACUGGUAAUGGACCUGGGAUAUCAAAGAGCUUCCACAUCUGAGCUACUACAAACAAACUAUGGUCUGCACCCAUGGAACACACAAGAUAUCCAUUUCCAUGAACACUCUACUUGGAGGGCGGACAAUCCUCUGCUUCUGUAUUUUAUUUUAAAUGCUCAUUUUUUUGAUAAAUGGAAUCUUUCUAAGGAGCACUUUUAAAUAUAAGGGAUAAUUAGUAAACUAGUGUUCUCCAAGACAUGAAACUCUAAAAAUUAAGAUGAAAUUAAAAUCCCUCUUACUAUAAAAUGGGAAACUAUGUAGUGAUCUACUAGUACUGAUGGCUACAACUUCUACUUGUAUCAUUUAAUGUAUGAUGAGACAGCAGUCAAGAAUUUUGGCCAAAGCGGACUUAAAAUUUCCUUAGUGGUCUCUUGUUAGCACUUGAGCUCUCCCUGAUUUAAAGACUGCUUUCACUGUAUUCCUGCUGUCUGACACAUACAGUGCAUGAGUAGCACUAGAAAAGUUCCAUACUUGCCUCAAGUAGGCACUAGAGUGAAAGCAACCUUUGUAUUUUAAACUUACUGUUAAAGUGCUAUUUUAUAACUAAAAUAACACUGUAAAAACUGUGUUUAAAAGCAGGUCAUUUUAUUGCACAUUGCUGAUCAGACAUUUGUUCUAGCUCAUUCAGCAUACCUAACCAUAACGCCCUUGUUAAUUUUGAUGAAAAGAACAUCUAUAGCAGUUCAGUAUGUGUUUUGUGGUUCUCAGUUGUUCAAAUUCUACCUCAGCUAAGUGAUUUCCUCUGUGAUAUGACCUCCUUCCUUCCUGCCCUAAAGAAAGUAGAUAUUUUGUUUACUUUAUGGACAUGGGCAGACCUUGACUGCACUGAAUGUGCAUUGCUGCACACAUCAUCCCCUUGCUACAGUAGUCUGUCAGGAGCACUCCCUGCAGGUAUGAGGCUUAAUCAUUUGAGUCCUUUUACCUCCUCAAAAGAAAUCUGCUUCAGGAAAGCUAUGUAUUAGUGUAACUGCUGCUGCAGCUUAGUGACAAAACUCAAACUUGUGUCUCAAUACUCAACUACAGUGAUAUUAUCUGUAACUACCCACAGUCUAUUUUCAGUUACUGUAAUUCUGGACUGCAAAUGUACUUUAUCUGUGUCGUUCAGAUAGAAAUGGCUGAUGUUUAAUAACUUUAUCAGCUUAGGCAGAGAAAUCAAAGAUGUGCAACAUCAAGGAAAGCAGGGGGUGAAAGGAUAACGGUUAUUGUGGGCUAUUAUUCAGAAAGGGAGAAAGACUAGAUGUGAAGCACAGUGCAAGGAAUGGAAGGCUAGCAUUCUGGACUUAACUCUUCUACAGCUUUUCUGGUACAUUGAUUUAAAACUUUCUGGUCCUCAGUUGCCUCUUUAUAUAAUGAUGGUAACACUGAUCUACCUCCCAGGAAUUUUGUGAGGGCUAAUUUAACAGUGUUUUAGAUGAGAGAUAUUUUAUACAGCUGAUGCUAAAGGAAGAAAAAUAAUUAUAAAAUGAAGUGUAUUUAGCUAUCAUGAAUGUAACUUUACUAGUAAUAAAAACUGGUA